AUUCAUUCCCAUUAUUCUCAUUUCUGAGCUUUGUUUCUCUUCUUUCUUCUAUCUAUCUAUCCCUUUCAAUUUCACAUAAACAACAAAAAACAAAAUCACAAUUGAAUAUUAGUAUUCAUAUAAGAAGUGGCGAAAAGAUCCCAAAGUCCAACAUUGAAAGAGAAAUUCUUGUGUGUUGCGUAGCAGUGUCUGUCACACAACACAACAUGUCUUUCUCUACCACCACAAUAAUUCCACCACGUAUGUUGUUGGGAAAAACAACAACCACCUACAACAACAAUGAUGCAUUCACAUUCACCCACGUUGUACCACCACAACCACUUGUACGAGGUUCAUGUUCCUCAAGGACCAGCUACAUUGGUUUUGUUUCAAAAUUUGACAAAACUUGUUCUUCUUCUUCUUCACCUAUCAUGGAAGAAGAAGAAGAAGAUGAUCAGAAAAAAUUGAAUCUUUUCUCCAAAUCAGAACAAGAAAAAGAUGAUUAUUCUAAGGAAUUAGAUGUUGCUGUCAGAGCUGUUCAAAUGGCUUGUUCACUUUGUCAGAGAGUGCAGGAUACUAUAAUUUCCAAAACCAAUCAUCAGGUUCAAUCAAAAGAUGAUAAUUCUCCUGUUACUGUUGCUGAUUGGAGUGUCCAAGCAGUUGUUAGCUGGAUAUUAUCCGAGUGUCUAGGAAGCGAAAAUAUCUCAAUUGUCGCCGAAGAAGAUGUUCAAACGCUCUCCAAAUCUAAUGCAUCUGAAUUAUUAGACUCUGUGGUUAAAACUGUGAAUGAAUGCCUAGCUGACGCACCUCGAUUUGGGGUUCAGAAGCCAAAAUCAUCACUUGGGACUUCAGAAGUUCUCGAUAUCAUUAGUCGUUGUAACUCAACCGGUGGUCCUUCUGGAAGAUUUUGGGUAUUGGAUCCUGUCGAUGGCACACUCGGGUUUGUUCGCGGCGAUCAAUAUGCUGUAGCUCUAGCGCUCAUAGAGGAUGGCGAAGUAGUGCUUGGUGUUCUUGGAUGUCCUAACUAUCCAAUGAGGAAGGAAUGGUUAGGUUAUCAGCAUCGGUAUCAUAGGAUAGUGUCAAAGUUAACUCCUCCGAAUUCUGAUAGUUGGAACAAAGGUUGUGUGCUAUAUGCUAAAAAGGGUAGUGGAAAAGCUUGGAUGCAACCACUGCUAAAUGUGAAUAAGAUGUUUGUGUGGCCAAACCAUGCAAAACAAGUUUUUGUCUCUUCUAUCGACAAUCCAGCAUUGGCUACGUUUUGUGAACCAGUUGAGAAGGCCAAUUCAAGCCAUUCUUUUACUGCAGGACUUGCUCACAGUGUUGGUCUCAGGAAACAACCAUUAAGAGUAUACAGCAUGGUGAAAUAUGCAGCAAUAGGUCGUGGAGAUGCUGAGGUUUUCAUGAAAUUUGCAAGGGCAGGUUACAAGGAGAAAAUAUGGGAUCAUGCUGCAGGUGUUAUCAUCAUACAAGAAGCCGGUGGUGUGGUAACAGAUGCUGGAGGAUAUCCCCUAGAUUUCUCAAAAGGCUUGUAUUUAGAAGGCUUAGAUCGCGGUAUAAUCGCUUGUUCUGGAGCCUCGUUGCAUGGAAAGAUCAUUGAAGCUGUUGAUGCUAGCUGGGGAUCCUCUAGCCUUUGAGGCUGUUUCUAUAACUAUAGAUGUAUAUAUAUAUAUACACAUAGCAAAUAAUCUUAAUAUUUUUUCAUCUUUUAGAUUUGGUUUUGCAUAAUACUAUAUGCAUUGACAUAUUAGUAACAUCAUUUUGUCCGAAAGUAUCCUUCUGAACACAUGUGAGGAGCGGAAAAAGAAGCUCCCAUUGUUUGGUCCUAACAUCAUUUCGUCUGCGAGGAAUUGAACAUGAAUGUGUUAAGAUAAA